UUAGUAUCAUUAUAUUCAUAUUAGACAUGGAAUUCUGUGUUUACCAACUGAAUUGAGUAAAGCUAAGGAAGUUUCUUGUACCUGUAAUACAGCUUUCAAAACCAAUUUCUCCUGCACUGUAUAAGACAUGUACUGUCUUAUAGGCCUAUUUUGAACACUUUGAAGUUCGGUUGAAGGUAGUACACAGUCCUGAUGGCGGGAAGAUCAAAAUCAUCUGUUUGGAGGCAUUUCAAACGAGACGAGAAGAAUCCUUCUUUUGCCACUUGUUUGAGCUGCAAAAAGCAGUACAAAACAAGUGGCAAUACGUCAAACUUGAAGGAUCAUCUUAAACGAUUUCAUCCCUUUCAAAAAUCGAAUUCUACCGAUGAAGAUGUUGAAGAUGAUGUAUGCCUCAUCGAAGAAGGAUCAAGUUCAAGUAACAUUGCAAGUUGUAGUUCAUCAGAAACCUCAAAUAAAAAAAAAGCUAGACCAUCAAAAGGAAUUAAACAUGGGAUAAAACUAUAUUUAGACCGUGGUAAAAAGUAUGAUGAUAAAAGUGAUAUAAAACGAAAAAUAGACGAAGCACUAGUUAAAAUGAUUGCUACAGAUCUUGAACCAUUCACAAUGGUUGAAAGAGAGGGUUUUCGAAAUUUUGUUUCUGUAAUUGAUUCCAAAUACGAACUACCGAGCAAAACUCAUCUUAAAAAUAAUUUCUUCCCACAGUAUCAUAACCAGUUAGAAGAAAAAUUGAAAACACUUCUUAAUAAAGUUAAGUAUGUUGCAAUCACUUGUGACGUGUGGACAUCCCCCUCUACAGAAGGAUACUUAACUAUUACGUGUCAUUUUAUUCAUUCAGCCUCUUUAUGUUCAGCUGUCCUGAAAACAUCUUGUCUUACAGGAAGUCAUACGGCAGAAGCCAUCGCAGGUGAUGUACGUUUAAGUCUAGAAGAAUGGGGAAUUUUGUCAAAGGUAGUCUGUAUCGUAACAGACAGUGGCUCAAAUAUGAUAGCAGCAGCAGGUUUACUUAAGAUCAAACACCUGCCCUGCUUUGCCCAUAUGCUUAAUCUUGUUGUGAGUGAUGCCUUAAAAAAUAAUGAAGUAGCAGUUGUUAUAAAGAAGGUGAAAGCCAUUGUUAAUUAUUUCCGGAGCAGUACUUUGGCUUCAGAUAAAUUAAGAGAGACUCAAACUAGUUUAUCCAAGAAGAUUCUUAAACUGAUAAAUGACACUCCAACACGAUGGAACAGUACACUAUUUAUGAUAAGACGUAUCUUAGAAGUUGGAGAUAGUCUUGUUCUAGCAAUGAGCUCCUUGAAGAACUCGCCACCUCAGUUGUCAGCAGAAGACAAUGCGCUUCUGAAAGACAUGGUUGAAGCUCUGUCACCAUUUGAAGAAGCAACAGAACAAAUAUCAGGUGACCAAUACGCGACAGCCAGUUUGAUAAACCCUUUGGUCAUCGGUUUGUUUAACCACCUUUCAGAAGUUGAGAUGACCAUGACUACAGAAGAAGGAAACAUCCUACUGCAUAGUUUGAUACGUUCUGUAAAUCAACGGCUAUUUCCUUAUGAAACAAGUGCAGUCCCGUCCUUAGCAACUCUUCUAGACCCUAGAUAUAAAAAAUUUGGCUUUCGACAGCCUACAAAUGUCACUACCGCUGUGAAAUUGUUAACCUCAGAGAUUACAUCAGCUGUCAAAGUAAAUAAGAUACAACCGCCUCCCUCACAAGCCUCUGCCUCGACCUCUGCUGUAGCUGAAAGUGAAGAAACCCCGCAGAAGAAAAAGAAGAUUAAUCUUUUAGGCUAUGUACAUAAACUUGCAGCUGAACAACUCCAAACUCCACCUACCACAGAUGCGAUAAUAAUUGUACGUCAGUACACUGAGAACAAAGUUAUCGACCACAAAGAAAAUGUGCUUCAGUUUUGGCAAGACAACAGCAAUAAAGAGUUAGCAGACAUCGCCAAAAAAUAUUUGUGUGUGCCUGCAACGUCAGUGCCAGCUGAAAGAGUAUUCUCUAAAGCAGGACUAAUUCUCUCAAGCCAAAGGAACAGGCUAAAGCCAAAAGUAGUGGACAAACUCAUUUUUUGUAAAAGCAACUUGUGGCUCUUAAAUGUCUAAGUUUUCAUUUUAAGUCUUAAUUCCUUUGACUUUAAUUUUCA